GGACAAGCGGUGUCACCGCUGGGAGCGGAGCAGCCCCGUCUCACGGUGACAGGCGACGCAGCCCCAUCGGUUGGGGUCCCAGCUCUGCCGGUCGCCAUGGAGGUGGCCUGGGUGCUGCUGGCCACCGCUCUGCUCCCGCUCCUGCCCCCUGGUAGGGCCAUCGGGCCACUGCCCACCAUGGCCCCGCCGCUGAGCAUGAUGGUGGCCGGGCAGCGGCGGCGGCUGGUGGUCUGUGUGGUGAGCGAGCUGACCCCCAGCUCCGGCCACGCCGUCUGGAUCUCCGGUGGGAACGGCAGCGCCCUGCAGUCCUUCGCCUAUGGGGCCUCCCGGGAGGAUGGUGGCACCGUCUGCACCGUCGCCCUCCUCCCUGAGGAACCCCCAGCCAAGGGGGAUCUCUCCUGCCACGUGGGGACCAACCGGACCUCCCCAGCCCGCAGCUCCAGCCCCAUCCCCAUCACCGGCAACGAGGAGAUGGCAGAGCCAUGUCCUGGCAGGGUGGCCGGGCCUCCAGCCCGUUCCCCGGUAGCCCUGCUGGUGGCUGCCAGGGUGGUGCUGCUGAAGGUCGCCCUCUCCGAUGCCCUCCUCACCUCCAUCCUCCUCGCCCAGGGAUGAAGGCCCUGGGCAACAGGGGCACCCCCGAGGGGUGAGUGUCACCCUCCCCGCCCCCUUUGGCCUGGGGGCCCAGGAGGAACCUGGAAUGUUCUGGAGGGUGGAGAGGAGGGAGAGACCUGGGUGGGU